AUGAAUGAUUGUGAUUUGAAUGAUGAUUUGAAGGGUGAUGAUUUGGAUGAUAACGAUGAUUUGCAUGAUGUUGAUGAUGAUGAUGAUGAUGAUGAUGAUGAUGAUGAUUUGGAUGAUGAUGAUGAUGAUGAUGAUGAUUAUGAUGAUGAUUUGGAUGAUGAUCAUGAUUUGGAUGACGAUGAUGAUGAUGAUGAUUUCGAUGAUGAUGAUUUGGAUGAUGAUGAUGAUGUUGAUGAUGAUUUGGAUGAUGAUGACGAUGAUGAAUUGGAUGAUGAUGAUGAUGAUUUGAAUGAUGAUGACGAUGAUGAUGAUGAUGAUGAUGAUGAUGAUGAUGAUGAUGAUGAUGAUGAUGAUGAUGAUGAUGAUGAUGAUGAUGAUGAUUUGGAUGAUGAUCAUGAUUUGGAUGACGAUGAUGAUGAUGAUGAUGACGAUGAUGAUGAUGAUGAUGAUGAUUUGAAUGAUGAUGAUUUGAAUGAUGAUGGUGAUGAUAAUGAUUUGGAUGAUGAUGAUGAUGAUGAUGAUGAUGAUGAUUUGGAUGAUGAUGAUGAUGAUGAUGAUUAUGAUGAUGAUUUGGAUGAUGAUCAUGAUUUGGAUGACGAUGAUGAUGAUGAUGAUUUCGAUGAUGAUGAUUUGGAUGAUGAUGAUGAUGUUGAUGAUGAUUUGGAUGAUGAUGACGAUGAUGAAUUGGAUGAUGAUGAUGAUGAUUUGGAUGAUGAUGACGAUGAUGAUGAUGAUGAUGAUGAUGAUGAUGAUGAUGAUGAUGAUGAUGAUUUGAAUGAUGAUGAUUUGAAUGAUGAUGGUGAUGAUAAUGAUUUGGAUGAUGAUGAUGAUGAUGAUGAUUCGGAUGAUGAUUCGGAUGAUGAUUUGCAUGGUGAUGACGAUGAUGAAUUGGAUGAUGAUGAUGAUGAUUUGGAUGAUGAUGACGAUGAUGAUUUGGAUGAUGAUGAUUUGGAUGAUGAUGAUGAUGAUGAUGAUUUGAAUGAUGAUGAUUUGGAUGAUAACGAUGAUUUGCAUGAUGAUGAUGAUGAUUUGAAUGAUGAUGAUGAUGAUUUGGAUGAUGAUGAUUUGGAUGAUGAUGAUGAUUUGGAUGAUGAUCAUGAUUUGGAUGACGAUGAUGAUGAUGAUGAUGAUUUGAAUGAUGAUGAUUUGAAUGAUGAUGGUGAUGAUAAUGAUUUGGAUGAUGAUGAUGAUGAUUUGGAUGAUGAUGAUGAUUUGGAUGAUGAUGAUUUAGAUGAUGAUUUCGAUUAUGAAGAUGAUGGUGAUGAUGAUGAUUUGGAUGAUUUAGAUGAUGAUGAAGAUGAUGAUGAUUUGGAUGAUGAUGAUGACGAUGAUUUGGAUAAUUGUUGGGGACGUUAG